CAACCCAAUCCGCUCGAAUCAGACCGAUCAGCCUUCUAUCAACCGCAUCCAUCCGACAUUAUGUUUCACUCCGAUUCUUAGCAGAGCUCUAGCUAGACUCUAGCUCGCACAAUCUGGAAGCUGGCCGUUAUCACUACGGAAGAUCGACACGGAGACUCUAUCCCACGAACUUCUUGAAACAAACCAUCGCGUCUCUAAAGGAUAGUCGACCGCGUAAGUAUGUUGUCGAUGUGUGAUUUUCAGCAUUCCACCAGACUCCAUUGGAAGCUCGCCGAAGCAGUUCGCUCGAGACGAGAGGUCGUUUGCUCCUUCGCUUGCGUGGCUUGCCUCAUCGAUUUAGCUUGCACCUGUCAGGUACUAGUUGCAGCUUAUAGGUGGGAAUUCAAGUCCCCACUGCUCUGCAUCCGAAGAAAUACUUUAUCAUGUCAGAGACGUCAAGCUCCAGUUCAACGGGUCGGCAGGGCUUCCUAAGGCAAUCUUUCUCGAAGACGUUGAAGCUUCCGGUCGAAGACAAGGGCUUGUGCUACUUUAGUCGAUCAUCUGCCUUUUUCAUCCUCUCUCCGGACCAGCAAGUUCCCUUGUCCUGGUCGAUAUGCCCAGGAUCAUCCACGUAAGUGAGAUAUCCCAGAAUGCUGGCCGUUGACUUUGGGGAAACGACAUCCACGGAAAGUUUCAAGAGACGUUGACUGUCUGCCAGCCCCCGGUAGAUCACCAAAGUGAGGUAUAUUCUAUAUCAUUCCUCAUAUCAACGUGGCAUCAGUUGUCCAAUAUCUUUCUGCCCGGUGCAUCUUGGAACUUCCCCAAAUUUUGCAAGCCUUCUUUUCACCAUGGCAAGCGAGUUCAACACCGAAGCCUUUACUUUACUUGGUGUGGGAGUCUUCGUCGUCGCCAUACGGACUGCCUCUAGAUUGUCCAUUGCUGGAUUCAAAGGACUAUGGCUUGACGACUAUCUCAUGCUGUUUGCCACGGUUGUCUACGGCCUCGAAACGGGAACAGCAUAUGCUGUCGGCGCCUGGUGGCAUGGCCUGGCGAACAACGGGAUGACGGACGAGCAACGCCGAACGUUAGACCCGAACUCUCAAGAAUACGAGUUCAGAGUCAACGGCUCAAAGACACAGCUUGUUGGCUGGAGUCUCUACACCUUGCUGUUGUGGACGUUGAAGCUUUGCAUGAUUAUAUUCUAUCAACGACUGACUGAGGCUCUCGAUUACAUGAAAACUCGAAUCCGCGUCGGCUAUGCAAUCGUCAUCUGCACAUAUAUCGCCACCGAGCUGUCCAUACUGCUCGGUUGUCAUCCAUUCCACAAGAACUGGCAGAUUUACCCCAAUCCUGGCAACCACUGUCAGCCCGCGAUUUCAAAAAUCGAUUUGUACGUCACUGUCAUCCUCAACGUCUUCUCCGACGCGUACUUGCUUUCGAUACCGAUUCCGCUAUUAUGGAAGGCAGAGGUGCCUAUGAUUAAGAAGCUGUCUUUGAUCUUCAUAUUCGGUGGAGCUGUUUUCGUCAUGGCUGCCGGUAUCCUACGUGCUGCACUGGUUAUCGAGGAUCCUGUCGGAGGAGCUCAGGCAGCCGGCAGCUGGGCUGUUCGCGAGACGUUUGUCGCCGUCGUUGUCUGUAACUUGCCACUCGUAUACCAAGGUCUGCGACGAUUGACAAAGACCGCACAAGCCAGUGGGCUCUUCUCAAGGUCGGCAUCUCGCAUGGGCUACAGCAAAUCCAGCGAGGAGCCUGUAUUUGAAAUGACCUCAAAAGGCGACGCCCCGCAGCUGCAGCCACAGGAGUUUGAUGCAAGGCAGAAAGAGAUGCAGCAGGGGUUCUUCAAGGCGCCAUAAACUUGGAGUCACGGAUGCGCAUAUAUCGAAGCUGCUCCUGGCAGAUGGUGUAAGGUCGUCUUUGGUUUGUGGUGGAGGGUCAGUAACUUUGCAGCAAUGCAGGUUGUCCGCAGGCAAUACGUGCGGGAUACUCGGCAGGCAUUCCGGUAUCCUGGUUGUUGACAUCAACAACGUAAAAUUUACCGCGAGAGGCCUGUUGAGAGAUCUCAGGCUCACUGGGACUCAACUUGUGGCUGGCUAUUUCAAUAUGAUAUAGAGGAGGGACUGCAAAUCAGGAUAGACAUACAUGUAUGCUUGUAAAUGAGCAAAGCAAUGUCGCAAGCAGCCAAAUCCCAUCGCCGUGAAAUCGUACAUAAAUUGUUCACAGAUAUGAG